AGUAGAAACUGCAGUGGACAUUGAAAUGGGUGACAAGAAUGAAGAUUCAGUUGAAGAGGUUGAAGUUGAAGAGAGUGGUGGUAAACAGGGUUCUGGUGAUGCUCCUGGUAAAUCUGCUGUUGGUGAUAUUUCAUCUCAAGUUAUGCAGAAUCCACAGGUAUUAGCAGCUUUACAAGAAAGGUUGGAUGGAUUGGUUGGAAAAAGUACUGGUUACAUUGAAAAUUUACCAAAGGUAGUCAAGAGGCGUGUCAAGGCGUUGAAGAAUCUACAGGUGAAAUAUGCCAAGACAGAAGCUAAAUUCUACGAAGAAGUGCAUGAACUUGAAUGCAAGUAUGCUGCCCUCUAUCAGUCAUUGUAUGAAAAGAGGAAAGAUGUUGUGAUUGGUGCAAUAGAGCCUACAGACUCGGACUGUGAAUGGCAAAGUAGUGACGAAGAGGAAGACGAUGAAGAAAAUGAAUUGUUGGCAGAUGAAAUGAAGAAGAAAGCCUCACUGGAAGAGAAGGAAAAAGUGGAUGAAAAGGAAGAAGAGAAUCCCAAUGGAAUCCCAGAAUUCUGGUUAACUAUUUUCAAGAAUGUAGACAUGUUGAGUGAAAUGGUACAAGAGCAUGAUGAACCUAUACUUAAAUGUUUAGAAAAUAUCCACGUUAAAUUUUCAGAACCGGGUCAACCAAUGGGUUUUACGCUUGAAUUUCACUUUGCGGCAAAUGAUUAUUUCACUAACAAAGUCUUAACUAAAUAUUAUUCAAUGAGAUCGGAGCCUGAUGAAAGCGAUCCAUUCAGUUUUGAAGGUCCUGAAAUAGUCAGCUGUACAGGGUGCACAAUAGACUGGAAGAAAGGCAAGAACAUCACAGUUAAGGUUAUCAAGAAGAAACAGAAGCAUAAAGGACGAGGGACAACCAGAACGGUGACCAAAACUGUCCAAAAUGAUUCAUUCUUUAAUUUCUUUAAUCCUCCACAAGUUCCAGAAGAUGGUGAAAUGGAUGAAGAGACUGAAGUAGUGCUAGCAGCAGAUUUUGAGAUUGGUCACUUUUUCCGAGAGAGAGUUAUUCCAAAGGCCGUCCUUUACUUCACAGGAGAAGCGAUUGAAGACGAUGAUGAGUAUGAAGAAGAAGGUGAAGAAGAGGUAAUUUUGAACAGAAAAUCAGGGGAUGCUGAUGGCGAGGAAGGUGAUGAUGAUGAUGACAAUGACCCUGAAUACGAUCCCAGCAAGGAUGGACAGAAGCCAUCAGAAUGUAAACAACAGUGAAGCUAGCCACAGUUUUUUUUUCCUGCAUAUUUUUUUUUCAUACCCCAAGAUUUACAACAUUUCUUUUUUCACAGUCUAUCCACGUUCGGCAAAUUUAUCAUAAGAAAGGCAGUAACUCUAGUUUACACCUACUGCUAGAGUCUAUGCUUUGCAUAAACAAAUAAAUAAAUUCAAAAAAGUAGUUUAAUUAAAUAAUAAAUAAUGUUGUUUGUGUUUUUAAGUGAAACUUAGAUCAAUAGUAACUGGAGUCAAUGUUUGUUUGUGGUCAUUACAUUCCUCCAGUAAUGUCACCAUUUACAAAAUUCCUGCGAAGACUUUUAAGUCAUUAAGCAAAUUUGGACCUCAAUCAGUGGUGAUUACGUUUUCUGUCAGAAUUUAUAAAUAAUUACACUUGGAAUUGUUGUAUAUAAAAAUUCUUUGGAUAAAAAUGCAUGUGUACAGGUGAUAUUGUGUUUUUAUGUACUUUUAGCUUCCCUACAGGGAGUGGAAGGGGAGGGCUUGUCAAAGUUUAUAAUUUAUUGAGGUUCGAUUGUGUUCUGUAAAUCUGGAUUCAGUGGUUAACUACUUGUCUGGUGUAAGACUUUCCUGUAAGCUGAUUGCGAAGGAGUAUAGUGACUUUCACACUAAUGAGUGAGUGGUUUGGUUUUUUUUUUCCCGCUCAUAUCAUUGAUAUCCAUGUACCGGUAGUGGCACGACUUGUAAUAUUUACAACAAAUAUGCAUAUGACCUUGGCUUCCGCUAACCCUUCAAUAGUCAUUAAUGGUGAAUUUUGUUUUCAUUUUGGUUACAAGAAAUGUCACUCUCUGCACCAAUGGAAAGAUGAAUUUUCUGCGAAGUAGCUCUUCCAGAAAAAAUGUCCCGCAGAAAUGUAAAUUAAACAGCUAAAAACAUAUUGCUUAAUAUGAAGUGGAUGUUACACCAGAAUUUUACAAUUUCUUACAAAAAUUUGAUAAAUGUUCUGAUUUGUUUCGUCUGAUUUACGAAAUUCCAAAUUGCCUGAGCAAACUUGUAUUGAAAACUUGAAAAAGUAUUUGCCCCCGUGGAUAAAACUAUUUUAUUACUAGCGGAACCCAGCAUAUAAGACACUGUACGUAUUUUCUGAAAGCUUGGAUAUAACAAUUUACAUAUUUAGCUUUAUCGGUGAAGUACCACUAGUGUUAUCCCAAAAAUAGUUUCUUUAGAUGCUUACCUAUUUAACAAGUCAUUUACGUGAAUGUUAUCUGUUUUUAAUAGCAGAAACAGCAGGCACAUACAUUUCAUAGCAUUUCAUUGGCUUAGAAGGUUAUACAUUAACUGGCUAAGAAUGACUUGUAUACCUUGAUUUAAAGUUUUCUGGGCCUGAUACGUUUGAUCUUUGUUUGUAUUAGCCCUGUUAGAAUUCAUUUUUAGUAUUAGUAUGUGUUCGCAUAAUAAUGUUGUUGACAAUACUGUAUUAUCAUGUCAGUAAUUUAUAGCGCAAUUUUUUACCUAGUUUUGCAUACCAAAUCAUUUGUACCAUUUCCAGUGUCAUAAAGAAAUUUUUACACAGGACUGCAAGUUUAGCGUUGUAAUAGUUUCUUUUUUUUUUCACUCUGGGCAUUUAUUGUGUUUGUAAAAAAAAAAAAAAAAAAAAAAAAAAAUGACAUGAAUCCCACUUGUUUAAAGGUCCAGGUUUGUUUUUUGAAUUGUGAAUAUCUUUCAAUCAUGAUUAAUUAGUAAGAAAUAAAGCACUAUGUGCAUUCAGUAUGAGCUCUGUACUU